CAUUUCCACAGCAUAGUAUAAUUAUAACAAUUUAGCUUAAUUUUGUUAUAUUUAGUAAGAUUUGUAUUAAAUAAUUAUUAAAAAUGUUAGGAAAACAUAACAGUAGGGGAACAAAAACAAGCGUCUUUCGCUUUUGUGUUAGUAACUGAAAUGUUUCUGCAGGGUCGUGUUAUAAUUGUUUGGUUAUCUUGGCUUAUUGGAGGUAUUUGCGGAGUUGUUAUUUUGUUAGUUAUAAUUUGUUACUGCCGCCUAAUGCCGCGUCAUCAGAAAUCGUUUGAUGAACAAUACCUUAAGGAAAACUAUGCUAUCAAAGAAAAUCAUGCAUAUACUAGUCAGGAAAAUUAUAGAAUGAAACAUGCUGAGGUUCAAAUCCAGCGCCAUACAAGGCCGGUCAGCUACGCUGGAGAUGCUGAGUGUAGGGGGGCACGGGAAGCGCGCCACCCACCACAAUGCUAUGUCAACCGAGUUCCAGACACCAGGGAACAAUGCAUGCAAUAUGCCUCAAGCAGCAUGCUAGACGAAAUAGAUAGUGCGGCGAACAUCGACGCACUGAAGACUAGAUCGCUACCAGCGUUUCUUAGGCCCAAACCAAGACCACUCUCCACCGAAGAUGACCUGCAGCAGCUGUACGCUAAAGUAAAUCUUAGCAAGAAAUACAAGAAUCGUAUGCGCAACGAACACGCCGCCAUCAUAGCACUCAGUAAGUCACACAGCCAGUUCUUUGACGCCGACGCCGUCAUAGUCUAUGACCAACGAACAGCGCUUUAAAUAACGGCAUUCCUAAUUAAAAAUGUAUUCAAACAUGUUUAGUCUGUCGCUUCAAUGUGUUUCUUUAAGACGAGUUUAGAUUGUUGUAUGAUGCUUCGAUGGUAACUAUUCCCAGAAGGAAUUGUUUUGUAUAUCUGGCCACAAUCCGAAAAUGUGUGGGCUUAGUUUGAAACAAUACUCUCAAUAUCUAAAAGUAACGAUGUGAACGCACUAGUUGUAAAAAUAAUAUACAAAUGACAGCAUCGUCGCCUACCACCAGGCGAGAAAGUGGAGAAAUACCGACCAUUCACAUAAAAAAUUAAGGCAUAGCUACCAACAAAGCCCAUAAAAAGAUACGGCCCCCAAAUAUACUGCACCUAUGGACCCGUAACACAGAUAGG